AAAACUUCUCACGGUUCAUGGUUGAAGAGCGAUAAAUAAGGGCAAAAAUAAUGGACACCCACAUUGACAUCGACAAUUUGGGAAGAGUGCGGAAACAUGUGGAGCAGAACACGUUGGGGGCGGUUCACAUUUUCACCGGAAACGAAAAGCAGCAGAAAGUGCGCACCAAUCCGACGAUCUACGAUCGCAAUGCUGAUCGAGUUCGGGCAAACCUGGACAAUGAGUGGGCCAACUUUGAAAAUACUCCCAAUCGAGAGGCCCAGGAAACGUACAACCGGAUCCGGAUGCUCGUUAAUCGGAACCAGUCCGGGGGCACCACAACGGGACAAUCCGAUAGUGCCAUUUAUCGGGUAGUGAUGGAAGUGUCAUUGAAUUUGGGAUUUCUUGCAUCGAACUCCAAUCAGCUGCGACUGUUGAAUGACAACCGAAGGACGGAACCCACGUACGAGGCUUGCUUGGCCAUGGUGAUCUUGUCCUUGAUCCUGCAGAUAUUAGUUGCCGUCGCGAUGAUAACGAUAUCGGUAAACAACGACCAACGCUGGAUCCGGCUGAAAAACACGCUUUCCGUUGGGGCUUCCAUUAUCUGUUUGAUGAACAUCAUCGUGCUCUCGUUAUUGAAUGGCGUAGUGCUGCAACCUCAAAUGCCAUAGCGCUCACCUUCUCGGUAAGGUGAG